GGCGGGGAAAGCAAAAAGUUAAAGAGACAGAUCGAGUGUCGUCUUAUAAAAGAGUAAUGAUUUUAUCUAGAAUCUAGAAUAUCUGUAUUGAAACAAAUGGAUUAAAAAAGGAUAGUCUUUUAAAACCUCAUCAAUACAAUCCUGGAAGCAGCAUUAUGGAGCAGUAUAGAGAGCCAUUCGUAGAAGGCUGGGAAUUUGUUCAAACUUUAGGUGAAGGUGCUUAUGGAGAGGUAAAGCUGGCUGUUUGUCGCGCCACAAUGGAGUGUGUUGCUGUAAAGAUAAUACAUCUGACAGAUAGCUCUGUGGAAGAAAAUGUCAGAAAAGAGAUUUGUGUACACAAAAUGUUGGAUCACAGAAACAUCAUUAAGUUUUAUGGGUACAGAAAAGCCAAUGAUAUUCAAUAUUUAUUUCUGAAAUAUGCUAGUGGAGGAGAACUCUUUGACAGAAUAGAACCUGAUAAAGGCAUGAAGUUGCGAGAUGCACUCAAAUACUUUCAUCAGUUGAUUGAAGGCGUUGAAUACCUACACAGCAGAGGAGUCUGCCAUCGUGAUUUGAAACCUGAAAAUUUACUUCUUGAUGAAAACGAUGUAUUACAAAUAACAGACUUUGGGAUGGCUACAGUGUUCCGGUACAAGGGUGCGGAGAGAGAAGUCAGUCGGAUGUGUGGGACCAAACCUUACACGGCUCCAGAGGUUCUGAAAGGCGUGCCCUACAGGGCGGAGCCUGCAGACAUUUGGUCCUGUGCUAUUAUUCUAGUCACUUUACUAGCAGGCGAACUGCCCUGGGAUGUCCCCAUUAUGAGAGACAGACUUUACAGACAAUGGAGAGAGAAAUGCAUAACUAAAGAGCCUUGGAACAAAAUGGACACACUAGCUUUGUCCUUGUUUAGGUCUGUGUUAGUAGAGGAUCCCAAGAGAAGGUACACACUGGAACAGAUUAAAAAACAUCAGUUUUACAAUAAGAGAUUUAUGCUUUCAGAAGAUGAAAACACAUCAAGCACAACUAAACAGAUCAUGAGUAAUUCUAUUAUGGAUGAGCAUGGGCAUCUGUCUUCUCCUCAGGGGAUUUUGUCACAGCCAGAAAGGUCCAACAAUGAGAACUCAUUGUCUCCCCUGGCCGAAGUUCGCCAUCCCAUGAGCUUCUCUCAGCCUGCCCAAUCAGAUGAUUUGUUACUUAGCUCUCAGAUGCAGUGUACACCAGCCACUUCUCAGACUCCAUUCCAAAAAUUAGUGAAGAGAAUGACAAGGUUCUUUGUGCUUACAACACGUCAAGAAACCAUCAAAGAAAUGUCUGAGUUUCUGGAAUCUCAUGGCUAUGGUGUCAAGAAAAACUCCAACGUACAGCUUACAAUCAGCACUGUAGACAAGACGAAGUCGCGACUGAUUUUUAAAAUUUGUGUCAUUGAGAUGGCUGGCAACCUGCUGGUGGACUUCAGGUUGUCUAAGGGUGAUGGUCUGGAAUUCAAAAGACACUUUGUGAAGAUCAAAGACAAACUGCGUCACAUCAUCCGCAAGACUCCACCCAGCUGGCCACUGGGUAUGUCGUGUGAGAUGGAAUCAACUUCAGAAAAACAUCCCGACAGCGCCUCAGUCUCCCUCUCUGAGAGGCUUGGCACUUCUGAACUUUUAUCCACGUCAGGUUCGAGUAAAACCUCACACCUUGAACAAUCUCCGAACACAGCCACAUCAUCAAAACAGUUGCAGAAACAGCCUGUGUCUAGGAGAGAGACUAAAGAAAAACCGGCCAAACGAGCAAAGCUGGAAGACAAUGAAAGUGCGGCAGAUAAAGAAGUUUACCAGUCCACAAGAAGUAGUUUACAGAGGAGUACAACUAUGUGAUACUGUUGGUGACUUAGUUUCAUAGUUAGUUCAUUUCAUUAAUUAAAUCACCUGCAUUUAAGUAUUAAUUUCAUAUUUAAAUAUUAAUAUGCUUAAGUUACUGUAUGUUAUAAUUUCUGCUGACUUUAUGUGUUGAUUGAUGAUGAGGGAUGAAA